AUGGUUACUUACCAACGAUUUUCAUGUUUUCGAAGAGCAUUGUCUAGUUCAGUAGCGAGCGACGUGACGGUUCCGCCCAACUCUACAGUAUUUUCACUCAUCCAGCCUACAGGCCGAAUCCAUUUGGGUAAUUACUUGGGUGCUAUCAAAAACUGGAAAACUCUCACCAACUCACCUUCGUCAAAUUCUCGAUAUAUUUUCGGUGUGGCCGAUCUUCAUGCUUUAACUGGUCUCAAGGACGCCAAGCUACUCCGCCAGUACAGAUAUGAGGCAAUUGCAAGCAUAAUGGCCGGAGGACUCGACCCUGAAAAAUGCAUCUUGUAUCACCAGUCAUCGGUCAAACAACAUACCGAGCUUGCGUGGAUCCUUAUGUGCCAAGCGAGUAUAGGUGGACUUCAUCGUAUGACUCAGUGGAAACUGAAAGCUCAAAGUCAGGCCGGGAGUCUGGUUUUUGACGAUAAAGUGGUGACCAACUCCAGUGCUGGAUUUUUCACUUAUCCGGUACUUCAAGCCGCCGACAUUCUUCUCUACAAAUCCACCCAUGUACCUGUUGGAGAGGACCAGACACAGCAUCUUGAAUUGUGUCGUAACUUGGCUGGCUCGUUUAACCAUUCGUUUAAAAGUGACGUCUUUCCAAUGCCACAAACGCUAGUCACCCCCACAAAAAAAGUCCUCUCGCUUCGGGACCCGCUGAAAAAAAUGUCCAAGUCCGACGCUGACCAACAUUCAUGCGUGUAUGUCACCGAUGAACCCGAUAUCAUUGCCAAAAAAAUCCGUAGAGCUGCCACAGACUCGAUUCAAGGUAUCAGUUUUGAUCCUGUAAACAGGCCUGGAGUAUCCAACUUGAUUACGGUGGUUUCUGGACUUUUGAACAAGUCUAUUGAAGAUACGCUAAAAGCAAUGAGUUCCGUCAAAGAUCACAAACAAUUGAAGGAUUUUGUUACAGAGGUGAUAGUAGAGGAGUUUAGUGAGAAGAGAAGACUAUACGAUGAGCUCAUGAAAAAUCGCGACCAUUUGGAAAAAGUGUGCAAGAAUGGCACCAAUAGAGCAAACGAAAUAGCCGAGCGGAACAUGAAGGAGAUUCGAAGGUGCGUGGGGUUGGAUUAA